AUGUGCACAUCGUCUAGUAUCUUGCAAUCGGCAGGCUUAUGCCUACAAGUGCUCCGCAGUCUUCGCGAGGAUGAGUGGGCUACCUUUUCCAGGCUCGCCUACGUCAUGGAGAUGAUUCAAACCUCCGCUUCCCCCUCGGGAGAGUCAAAAAGCUCAUCGGUGGGGUCUCCACCGGCCCUUGCUACAACGACACGUUGCAGUUCAACGGCUGUGCCCAGGACGAAGCAUUAUGAUCCAGUAUGCACGCCUUCUCCGUACUGUGCUUCUAAUCAACAUAUCGAAGAGCGACGGCUUCACUCCUCCUCUCUUACCACGCCAAGCGAGAGAUCAUGUCAGGAAAUCAGGACUGGAAGUAGCAGCCUGCCUGGUGAGGACUGUGUAUUGCAAAAUGGUAAACAAACGAUGUUCCAUGCCGCUCAGCAGCUCCAAGCUGGCACUACAAUUUCUAAUAAUAACGUCCAAUUUUUGACUCCCGAACAGCACCAAGAGUUGUUUGCUAAUGUAUUGAUCUUGUGUAAGGUACAUGGGAUGCUAGUUCAAGAAAUUGAAGAUGCUGUGACUCAAUUAACCUCGCUCCAGUGGGAGCUUGAGAAAGAAAAUACGGAUCCCUUGGAUAGGAAGACACAUAUAUUCGAUCGAAAAGCGACGCCGUACUUGUACGAUGCCCAUUCGGUCAGAUCGUUUGCGGAAAAUCGGAACCAAACGACCUGCACCUCCUCGACUUGCUCUCGAAUCGAGGGUAGAAAUGAGCAUGGAAUGACAUGGCAGAGAGGUCUCCAGCCAUCGCAAGAAUCUUCGUACAAGCUGCGCACAUCCAAUAGUGAUUCCAGCGAGGAAAAUUCCGAAAAUACCUCGCUGCUGGGGAAGCAGAAUGCGACCCCUGCUUAUGAUGAAGCAUUUUCACCUCUCUUUUCCGCUAGACACACUAGUGAUCAAAACCCUAUGCAACCGUCGGAGAGACUUGAUGAAUCAAAGGUGGCUGAAAUUAUUCUCGCCUUAUUUACCUCAGAUGUGUUGAAGCUUUUCAUUUACGAGCAUGUUGAUUACACGCUCAAUUACAUGCAUAAGGCGUUACCGCGGGUUCUGGGGCUUGCGGAAGCAUGUCAACAAGGUACGAACGUGAGCACUAAUCCGAGAAAUCCACACACCGCUACACUUACCACUCCAACAAGGAAUAGGAAGCUUAGCGAUUGCGAUGAGCUGCUGCGAUAUGCGCCAUUUUUAAAGGUCCUCCUACACGCUUUUGGACCCUCUGGAGUACCUGAUGAUGCCCGUGUUCGAUCGCUAUCCCUAUUCGAUAAAGCUUUGAGUGAAGGCAGGUUUCCAAAUAACUUAGAUAAAAAUUCCACCACCAACAACCCUCCUCCAGAAAGCAACUAUGGUAUUGUUCUAGCUUCAAAGCCGUCAGUGGUGAUCCCAAAGGGUUGGCGUGGAUUUGAAACCUUAUUGAGACUGCUCGCGGCGCCUUUACCAUCAUUACGACGCAUAGUGUAUGCGGCGUGCUGCUUGCUGCAUAGUGGAGCGCUCCAUGGAACGAACCAAGAGUUGCUACAGCAACAACUUUUGGAUAUUUUACCUCACAUGAAUGGGGAAAACAACAUGGUGUUGGAUGUGCUUGCCCAGCAAGAUGUACACAACGUCGAGGCAAAAUUUGAGUCUCAUUCGUGGAUGAGCAUUCGAGCAAUGGAUUGGUUCCACUCACGUCGACAACGAGAAACUUCCUCGAGGGAUGCCAAUCGGAUACAGAUGGAUCCGUUCCAUGCACGCAGCAGCAAAUAUAUACUGUUGCACAAGAGCCGGCUGUACAAGAGCACCAGUCAUUCCAGACAUGAGAGAGUCCUGCUGCUUUUCAGCGACUGGGCAUGCUACGCUGAGGAACUUGAUUCUGCCUGUCUGCGGCUGCGUGGUGCAAUGCCACUGGAGAUGCUGUGCGUCAUUGAUGUGGAGGAUUCACCUUCCCAAAAUAUCGUCAAUUGUUUUAGACUUAUCAGUCCAGAAUGCAAAGAACUUACCUUCAUCACAAAAACACCGGAAGAGAAACGAUACUGGGUGAAUGUCAUCCAGCACGCGAUCCAACAACUAAAACAGUACGCUCAAUCCAAUACGAGCCACGCUACUAACAGCGAUCGUCAUUAUUACAGCAAUCACGCCAACUCCACCCCACCAGCGGCGACGUGUAGGGCGCCGAUUUCUACGAUACCGGCCUUCCCGAUGGAUCGGAUCUCCGACCCCUCGCACGCGUACCCGACGAUGUUGCCGCUUUCCAAAAAAUCGAGGCUCUCGAGGCAACGUUACGACGAUACCCAGCGCCAAGCUCUCCGAUUACAGCAGUCAUCGCCACGACCAAAAGAGCCCAUACGAACGAUGCCGCACCCGCAGGAGGAAGCUCCACCACAACCGCGGCCCUGCACGCCCACCACGGCCACGUUUUAA